AGGGUUACUCUUGGCUUCUUUUUCCUUGCCUAAUAUUUAGAAACUGGCGGUACCAGUUCUUUUCGACUUUCAAUUCUUUCUGAUCGUGUUUCUGAAUGACACUGAUUACUUUGAACACUCGCGUCCCCUGAUAUUUUCUCUGCACUGCGUCUCUCUCGCCAAACCAUCCAUAAGCCUUCAAUAGUCCAUUUUAUCACUCCAUGGAAUGACUGGCCAUGUAUUCCCUGAAUCUGCCGGAUGACGUCUGGUUCCUGGGCUUUAUUGUGCUUGGACUGACAGGACUGUGCAUUGCCGUUGAUCGAAUCCAGGGCAAACCAUUUUGGCAUCGAAUCAACCUCCACCGUCGUCGAAGAUCGUCUAGCGGAACUCCACCACGGACAUUGUCGUCAGAUAGCAAAUCGUCUGCCAACACCACAUCACAAUCAAGCCAUGAGGAUGUCCUCCCUCCUCAGCGCCGACACGUUCUGGCCAACAUGAAGAUGGACGGCGUAUCGUACAAGGAAGUGAACGAAAAGGAGGUUCGCGAACAACUUUUACCGAUGACAAUGGAUUACCGGGCGUGUGAAGAUGAAAAAUACACUCCAGCGGGGUUCUCAGUAUCCGAGAUCAAAGCCUUGGGUGAAUUCCCAGACUAUGCGGAGCUCAGCGGCGUGCCUUUACCCCAGCCAUACCCUGAAUUCAACAUCGACAGAGCGUUGCCUAGACCAUACCGUCCGUUCCGAUGGGCCUAUCAUCAGACCAUGUCACUUACCAAACUGGAAACGGACUGGUGGAUUGAGCUCGAGAAUACCUACAAGAAACGCAUAUCACAGCGCAAGGAGCUGUACGCGAAACACGGUAGUGACGUCUUGGGCGCUCUCCCCGGCUCCGAGCUGGCCUGCAAGGAACUCAUGGAAAUGGUCUUACAAUUCACCUGCGCUCGCUAUCCCCAGUAUUUCUCCCUGAUCGACAAGCGCUACCUCCAUAACAGAAUCCUGGGCACGGAGCAAGAUGUCCGAUCGAAACACCCACUAGAGAUCCUACUUGAUAACAUUCCCGAAGACUUCGGUAUCAUGUUGCGAGACGAAAGGGCCGGGAACUACUUCCUACGCGCGGGAAUCAUCUGCUCUGCCUUGGGGUGGAACGUAGGCACCAAGAUCGGUCUUCAGCUUCAUGAAAUCCACCAGCCAAUCCCGGACUAUAAAGAGAAAAUGCAAUUCUCGAUGGAUCGAUUCUUCACGAAAAUGCCAACCGACAAGCCGAUCCAAAGAGGGUCCUGGGGUCUAGAAGUCGGACAGCCGUUGUAUAUGCCGAAAGGCGAUCCGCACGAGGCGCUCCGGCUGUCCCAAGACCCGAGCCUCCGCUUCGAAGAUUGUCAUCUGCGAGUUGACUGGCAGACGCUUCGGCGGCUGCCCCUCUCGUCUGCUAUCAUCUUUAACUUCAAGGCGCUCUUCACACCGGUGACGGAGUUUCGCGAUGAACCGGGCCUUCCGGCGCUGGUUGCGGAGAUACUGAAGAACGGCAAGAGGAAUUUGAUGGAAUAUAAGAGUACAUGGCACGUGCAGCAUGUCAUUCUUCCGAAGCUGGAAGAAUGGGCCAGGGAGCAGGAAGAGGAUGGGCUGGUACCUGGGACCUGGGAGGUGGCUACGUUGGAUGAUAGCCCGUGGUUUAAGGGCUGGCAAGAGAAAUGGCAUCGGCAGCAAGGGUUCUGAAUGAAUUAUUGAGAGUAUGAUACAUAGAGUCCUUGAUGGAAUUGGUGGAGCGAGUGCUUUCAAGAAGGGAAUCUGAUUUGUAAAUGAAACAUAACGCAAAUGGCAUCACAAGAUAAAGCGCAUAAAUUCCAAAUUGAUAAGAAUCCAGCAAUAAGCUGGAGUUAGAUAUCCAUGUAUUGUAGUACACUUGUCGUGCCACAACGUUGAAAAGCUCCAACGUGCCUUUCCAAUGUGAAUCACUAUCUGAAAGACAAGACCCCAAUG